ACUAGCUACUCUCUUUGAAAAAUCAUUCUCCUUUGUAGAGUUUAUCUCGUGUAUUCAAAAGAUAUCUGUCAAUUUUUCCCUCUGGUCACUGAAAUAUGAUUGUGACAGUUGAGAAAGAACAUUCAUUUCAGAUAGAACAGUUCUAAAAUUCAUCAAAUUUCAUAAAGAAUAUCCAUACCUGUAGUCAGAUUAUGGAGAAACUAAUAUUUUUUGUGUUACUUUGUUCAUCUUUGGUAACAGUUAACUCACAAGAAGUAACCGUUCCAGAUACUCCAGGAACCUCUCCAGGUUAUGGUAGUGGUUUGUGGUCCUAUCUAACAGGCAGUGGUAGCAGCAACCCUCCAGUAACGCCUUCACUUCCCCAAGAGGUGACCACAUCACUUCCCCAACAGAUACCAUCUCUUCCCUCGCAAGUGACAGGCUUGACUGGAUUUUCUUCAUUUUUCAACCAGAUUCCUCUAUUGAAUACCACUCUCUUGAAAAUCAUUGCCAGCUAUACGAGUUGUACACAAACCAACACUAACUGUAACCCCAAUUGCACCCUCAAUGCUUUGAAACAGCUUAUUGAUUUGAUUUGUUUCAUUUUGAAGUUUCUAGGUUAUUAGUUUCUCUUGGACAUUUUCGUUACAUUUAUUUCUCAUGAAGUAGAAGUUAUGGAAAGCUAUCAAUCCUAAGUUUAUAUGUUAGUUUCUCCUGGUAAUGUUUGUUGAGUUUAUUAUUGAUGAGGUAAAGUGUAUUGGACGCUAUCAAUCAGUUUCAUUUGAUUGAUCUUAUUUUGUCUCUUUCUUCGCUAAUCAUAGAUGUAUGCUCAAAAUUAUGUGAAUAGAGCUUAUUUACUGGAACUAGGUAGUUGGUAGGCCGACUAACAUAGAUGAAAUAUUUAUACUAAUGCUUUAGAUAAUUAAUCCCAGGUGUUAACAUUCCACCUUUGAAUACUCAAUACCUCAUUACUUAUACAAUAACAAUAAUAUACUUUAAUUUACUUUCCUUAUUUAUCAUAAUGAAACUGUAACAGGGAAGAAACGCUCCUGCAAGGAAUAGAAUAAUGAUUAGAAUAAUAAAACACUAGAAUAAUCGACUGAGUCACUAUCAAUGUUGUAGAACCAUUCCAUAAUGAAUAAAAACACACAUAUAUUGUCAAAUUCUACCGUUUUAUUCUGUAGAGGACCAUGGUUUCAAGACCGCACAGGUCACAUUUUCAGUCAGCUUGAGAAUGUGACUGACUCAAAAUGUGACUCAAAGAUGUGGUCACGAAACCAUGGUCCUGU